GAUCCGCGGUAUGCAGCACGAAGAUGUUUGAAAGUCUAAGCAAAUAUGACGCGAAUAUACCAUAAAUUUAUUGAGACAUGGAGAUAUCGGAUUUGAACAUUCCGCAUAUUAUAAGAGUAUCUAUAAGAAGAUAAUAUUCCCUCGACUUCGACUGCUUCAAUUUGCUUCAGUUCAACAACAACAAAAUCUUAAAACAUGAUUUACAGGAACUCCAUUAUCAUCACUGGUGGGACCAUCAACCUAGGGUACCAGAAUGCUCUCAAGAUAGCAAGACAGCAUCCAGACUACCUCAUCGCUGAUUCCACGAAACCUCAAAUUAAAGCUUUAGUUUUGAACGCCGGUCUUCAACUCCCAGCCGGUCUCGUGAUGACACCCGAGGGAUUGGAAGCAACUUUUGCCAUUGCUCAUGUGGGACACGCACUUCUUUUCUUCCUCUUAUGUCCACAUCUCGCGCCUGAUUCCCGCGUGGUUUUCACAUCGAGCGGCACACACGAUCCUACGCAAAAGACUGGUAUGUCUGGGCCCGAAUACAAUACCGCAGAGGAUCUCGACCGCCCUCCAGAAUCCAUGAUUGAGAUUCCAGGACGCAAGCGUUACACCACCGCUAAGCUUUGUAACGUACUAUUCGCCUACGCUAUAUCACGUAAACUCACCGAACCGGCCCCCGAGCGCCAUAUCACUGUUACAGCAAUGGAUCCUGGUCUUAUGCCCGGCACUGGAUUGGCAAGAGAAGCAAACAAGUUCGAACAAUGGCUUUGGAAUUCUGUUCUGCCACACAUGAUUUGGUUGCUUCGUUUACUUGCAACACCAAACACAAAUACACCAGCAGAGUCAGGUACUGCACUUGCUAGACUUGCGACUGCUGCUGACGUCAAGGGCACGACGGGAAAGUACUUUGAAGAACUAAGCGAGAUCAAGUCGAGCAAGGAUAGUUAUGACGAGGGUAAACAAGAAGACUUAUGGAAUUGGACAGUCAGCUAUUUGGCAAAGGACCCACUCGAGAAAGCGAAAUUUGAGUCGCUCAGAUGAAAGCAGACAUUAAAACAGGUCAACAUAAAACUUCUCUUCGCUUUUCAAUCUGUACUGUAAGAAUAUUCCUAAUGAAUCCUGCAAAGAUUCCGCUCCGCUAGCCAAGAAACAAUGAUUCUCGUUAUGUCUUGUGGCUUAAGAAAAGACCCUGAGAAGCUCUAGAUGCGUGAUUUAUACGAAGAGUCGAAAGACAUACCGCUGUUUUUAUUGAUGGAUGAGGAAGGUCCU